AUGGUUCCCAGCACCUCUCCAGCUGCGCCUACCACGACGACAGAAUCGAUUACGAAACUCCCUUUGAGCAGCGUGACGACAGCAUCCGUCGGUUCAUCUUCUGGCCCCUCGUCAUCCGGAUCAUCUGCCUCGAUGGGAACUUCUGGGCAGACGACAAAAUCCACUGCCAAGCCCCCGACCACGACUUCUGAAGGUGAGAGGAUUCCGAUCUCGGCGAAUACGAGCAGCACCUCGGGAUCGACUUCGGAUUCCAAGACUUCGAGCCAAGCCACGACCAGCACCACUCCUGAGCCAAGGGUCCCAGUCUCGUCUACAGGAACGACAAGCUCAGCCAGAUCGACAUCUACAGCUUCGCCGGAAACCACGACAACUACGCCAACGACCACAGGAGCGACGACGAAGACUACCAGCGAUGCAGUUUCCUCGACAGAUGACUCAACUACAAUCACCAGCUCGGGAAGUUCGCUGACCAGGUCGACGACCUCCACCUCUGCAGCCAUUUCAGCUGGAGCCUCUGACUCAUCCUCCUCAGAAUCCACGAGCUCGGGGUCCACGGCCGCAACGACAGGAACUCCACACACUACUGGCACGCCAUCAACCUCUGCAGCCGCGUCGAGUGUGACCUCGUCUGGAUCGACCUCUUCUGGAAGCCCUCCGAGCGACACGACAUCGACCGGAACAUCAACUUCGCAAGGAGCAACUUCUGCAUCCUCAACCGGAACUACAUCUGAAACCUCGACCAGCUCAACCAGCCACUCGACUACGGAAUGGACAACACACGAAUCGGAUGCGACAACACUGACGAUCAGCCAGAGCGGCACAACGAGCACUGCCACGUGUGAUGCUACCAAAAUGAUGGUUCCCGGAAUGGUCUGCUCGGCCCAGUACCCCGGCACCUGGGUGUUCGCCGACACUGAUCCGGCCCCGACGCUUGACCCCUACCCAUGCGCAACAGCCUGCCCCCAGAAGUUCACGCUCUUCAACGAUACGACCGCCCAGGGCUUCUGGGAGCUGUUCUUCAUCAACCCGCGCGGGAACAAGCUGUUCAACACCCAGAUCAUGCUCGACUUCUUCAACAUCGCCACCUGGAGGACCAACUACAACUACGCCGUGCAAUGGAUGACCAACUUUGACCCGACCUCCGCCUUCACCAAGCAGUACAGGGCAUUGAGCACCAACCAGAGCGCUACGGCAAUUUGCAUAAGGCCAACCUACUGCGCCGCGUUCAACUGCAGUGCCGCCGAGUUCGCCUACUACCUAAACGACACCGUCGUCGAGCAACCGGCAGAGGAGAUGCUGCGGCUCAUCAACACCGUAACCCCCGGCAGCAACCCGGUCGGCUCCUAUUCCGAAUAUGUGGCCAGCUGCGAUGAAUGCAACCCGAUCGGCACCGAGUUCUGCAAGUACAACGACUCGGCCCUCCUCUAUCAAUGCCAAUGCAAGGCUGGAUAUGAUGGCUUCAUCUGCUCGUUCAUCCCGAUGACCUGCGCCAACUUCACCGUGACGCCGCUGUGCUACGUUGGAGAGUGUACCGACACGGCCUAUGGACCUGAAUCCCACCCGGCCGGCUUCAUCCGCGUCCGCGCCUGGUUCAAGGCCCACCACCCGUUCCACGUCGAGAAGGUGCUCCGGGUCUACCGGAACUGCCCGUUCGUCGCCGCCGCCCCGAUGGCCUUCUUCGUCUACUACAUGGCGUUGUCCUACGCCACGCAGUACGACGACAUGCUGGCCAGCAUCAUCUCGUUCGCCGCGUCGAUGGUCUACUCGGCCAUCACCGGCGGCCAGGCCGUCUUUACCCGCAGCCCGACCCGAGCGAAGUUCCGCCCGGAGCAGGCGGUCAAGGCGGCGAAGAAGGCGGCAAAGGAGCGGGCCGACAGCGAGCAGGCCGAGUUGGAGGCCAUCGAGGCCUACAACGACGACCUCAAGGCCCGAUUCCCGGACAUCCCGGCGGAGCUGCUCCGCAACGCCCCGCAGCCCGGCCCGAAGGAGCGCGUCGGCCGCGCAUGGCCCUGGUCGCCCAAGGACGACCAUGUCCGCGAAGUCGUCAACUUCGACAGCGUCGACGUCAAGGAAAUGGAGGACAGACUGGACCUGAGAGUCACCGCCGUGCACCGCGAAGAGCUGGUACGCGACAACGGGCAGUUCGGCGGCCGCCGAUUCGACCGACCAGAGGAGAUUUUGCUCGACGAGCAGAUCGACAAAUUCUGGGGCGGCGUCGAGGAGUACGAGGAGGAGCGGCAACAGCAGUGGCUCCCGGUCUACGACGAUGACGCUGCCUUCACCCGCUGGCUCGGGACGGAGCACGAGGAGGCCGCCCGAUUUGUCUAUAAGCCAAAGGAGGCUUGCCCGGACCCGGAACUCCCCAACCGCAGCAUCAACCCCCGGAACCGGCCGGUCGACAUCUACUGGCUGAACGACGCCAGGCCGGGAUUUAUCGGCCCGAAGCGCCAGCAAAUGGUCGAGCUGGGGCCAUGGGACGGCUUUGUGCGCAAGGCCCUGCACACCCAGAAUGCCGUCGACCUCGAGUGGGAGCCAGUUUGGGCCCAGCACGUGUUCGAGCGGGACAGGGAGGCCAAUGGCCCUCACCCGUACGACUCGUUCGUCCUCGGCCAGGACUGGUUCUGGAACGAGCCGCAGUGUAUGCAAACCGGCAACAUGUACAUGGGUAUU